UCUUGAGGUAUUCGUGCACUGACAUUGUUACUGGACAUCAUGAAGACAGUGUUAAUGGUUGCGGAAAAGCCUUCCCUUGCCCAGUCUAUUGCUGCCAUCUUAUCAAAAGGUAAAUACAACUCGAGAAAAGGGUUGAAUGGAGCGUGUUCCAUUCACGAAUACACUGGUAUCUUUAAGAAUGAGACAGUGAAAUUCAAAAUGACCUCUGUUUGUGGCCACGUUAUGAGCUUAGAUUUUCAUCGCAAGUAUAACAACUGGGAUGCAGUUGAUCCUCUUGAGUUGUUUACAGCUGCUACCUUGAAAAAAGAGGCAACGGAAAAAUUACAAAUGCCAAGGUUCUUAAAUCAAGAAGCUAAAGGUGUAGAUUAUCUUGUACUGUGGCUGGAUUGUGACAAAGAAGGCGAAAACAUAUGCUUUGAGGUCAUGGACUGUGUUACCUCUGUUAUGAACAAAAGAAGUGGAGAGCAAACGAUCUUUAGAGCUAAGUUUUCUGCUAUAACAGAGAAAGAUAUUUCUCAUGCAAUGCAAGCCUUGGGGCAUCCCAACCAAAAUGAAUCUUUAUCAGUUGAUGCCAGACAAGAAUUGGACUUGAGGAUUGGUUGUGCCUUCACAAGAUUCCAAACCAAGUAUUUUCAAGGAAAAUAUGGAGAUUUGGACAGUGCACUAAUUUCCUAUGGACCUUGCCAAACACCUACACUUGGAUUCUGUGUUGAAAGACAUGACCAUAUACAGUCAUUCAAACCUGAAGCUUUCUGGGUUAUUAAAGUUCAGGCCACACAUCCUUGUGGUAAGAUUUUGUCUUUGGAUUGGAAUAGAAUCAGGUUAUUUGAUAAAGAUAUUGCACUAAUGUUUCAAAACCUGGUUAAAGAAUCAAGUGGAGCUAGAGUUGUUGAUAUUUCUAAAGUUCAGAAAACUAAGAGCCGACCUCAAGCUCUUAAUACUGUGGAAAUGCUUCGUACUGCCUCUUCUGGAUUAGGCAUUGGUCCACAGUAUACUAUGCAGCUUGCAGAGAAGCUUUACACUCAGGGAUAUAUAAGUUACCCCAGAACUGAAACAACUCAUUACCCAGAAAGUUUUGACCUUAAAGGAACACUUCGCCUUCAGCUCUCAAAUCCAAACUGGGGUGAAUAUGUAAAAGAACUGCUAAAUGGGCAAAUGACCAAACCAAAAAAGGGCUAUGAUGCUGGUGACCAUCCUCCAAUCACGCCAAUGAAAAGUGCAACUGCAUCAGAACUUGGUGGGGAUCUCUGGAGAUUGUAUGACUUUAUAACGAGGCAUUUUAUAGGCACAUUGAGUCCAGAUUCCAAGUAUUUGCAAACCACUGUUAAAUUUGCCAUUGGAAAAGAGGAGUUUAGUUUCUCAGGAAAAGCAGUGAUCGAUGAGGGUUUCACUUCAGUCAUGACCUGGCUGGCAGUUGCCAAUGAUGAGCAGUUACCACCAUGUUCUAAAAAUGAUGUGUAUCAAAUUUCUGUUGUGAAGCUAGAGGAGAGGCAAACAUCACCUCCUGAUUUUCUGACAGAGAGUGAACUUAUAUCUCUGAUGGAAAAGCAUGGCAUUGGUACAGAUGCUAGCAUUGCAGUUCAUAUAAAUAACAUCUGUGAAAGGAACUAUGUCCAGGUACAGAGUGGACGCAAACUGGUACCUACCACCUUAGGUAUAGUUUUGGUUCAUGGUUAUCAGAAAAUUGACCCAGAGUUAGUGCUUCCCACAAUGAGAUCAGAUGUAGAAGCUCAGUUGAAUCUCAUAGCACAUGGCAAAGCUGAUUUUCAUGCUGUUUUGAAUCAUGCAUCAAAUAUUUUUACUAAGAAAUACAUGUAUUUUGUCUCAACAAUUGGCAGCAUGGAUGAACUCUUUGAAGUUUCAUUUACUCCUCUUGCUAAGACUGGGAAGCCUCUGUCGAGGUGUGGGAAAUGUAAUCGUUACAUGAAGUACAUUCAUGCAAAGCCGUCCCGCCUGCACUGUGCCAACUGCGAUGAAACAUACAGCCUCCCCCAAAAUGGUAGCAUCAAGCUGUACAAAGAGAUUAAAUGCCCUCUUGAUGAUUUUGAACUAGUACUAUGGUCAACUGGUGCAAAAGGGAAAAGCACUGCUGUUUGUCCAUAUUGUUACAAUCAUCCACCUUUUCCAGAUAUGCGCAAGGGUAUGGGGUGCAAUCAGUGUUCACAUCCAGCAUGUCCACAUUCAGAAGAAGCCUUAAGCGUAGCAGACUGCACAGAAUGUGGAAAGGGAAGUUUGAUUUUAGACCCUACUUCAGCUCCAAAAUGGCGACUAGCAUGUAAUAACUGUAAUAUGCUUAUUCACUUGUGUGAGGGUGCAUUUCGCAUCUCAGUGGCUGAUCAAAUUUGCAGUUGUGGAUCAGCACUUCUUAAUAUUAACUUUAAUAAAUCCAGCAGUCCUUUGCCUGAAAACAAGACACAGCACUAUGGCUGCCUCUUUUGCGAUCCAUUAUUACUUCCUCUUAUGAAUAUGCAGCAUGCUGCAUCUAAGCACCCUAUGUUUAGGGGAGGAAGAGGGAGAGGGAGGGGAGGAAGAGGGAGGGGUCGGAGACGUGGUCGUGGUAGAAGUGAACCUAAAGACAAAAUGUCCCGACUUGCAGCUUAUUUUGUUUGAAAGAAAAUCACUGGGAAUUUCAUUAUGUCAAGGAAUUGUAAAUAAACAACUUUAGAUUGAGCUAUCAAUGAUUAACUACAAUUUGGGAAGAUAUAUAUAGAUUUGGACUUUUACCCAAAGAAUUUGUGAUAAUAUAUAGUUCACUUAUUGUUAUUAUUUUUUCAUUUUCUUAUAGAGGUCCUCUAGAAAGAAAAUACACUAUUACAAUCUGUAUCUUAGGACUUUAGCUUAACUAAGCUACCUCCAUCAGAAUCUAUUUUUAUUAAUCAAACAGUUCAUAGUACUAUAAUAAGGCUUAAAGAGCAAGUUGAAUUGAUCUUUUAAGUGGUUAUAGUAGUUGCACUGUAAAGGCUUCAUUAACUUUGCAUAAUGUAAAUGGUUCUUGCAAACUAUUUCAGGAGCAUAAAGUUUUUACUCCUGGUUAGCAUGAAGGUUAUUGCAAAUUCGUUUUCUCAUAAUUAUUAGUUAUGACAGUUAGGCUCGGGUCAAACGUCGAACUUUACAUUGAGCCGAACCUUACUGUAUUUGUGAUUAACUCAUGAUUAAGUUCAACUAAUUGAGUCAAACUUGGAAAUUAUGUGGAACUUAAAACCAAUGAAACCAAACAAAUCAUGUUUAAUGCUAACGCGGUCAGUAGUCACGCCAUCAUAACAGCAUCCAUAUUUUUGAUCAAGAAAAUAAACAAAUUCAGAAAAAGGCAUGCUGCUAUCUAUGUGAUGUUCAACAUUUGAGCCCAAGUCGAUCUACAGUUACUUUUCCCGACUGACCUACAUGUAAUAGUGAAGAGGGACUUAAAAGGUCCAAAUUCAAUUUUUGCACAGUUAGGUUAGGCGCACAUAAAGUUUGAUGUUUGACCUUACCCUUACACUUGAAUGUCUUACAUUAUGAAUAUUUUAGAAGUAUGAUGCUUUAUAAUUUGAAAUUGCAACUCUCAAAUGAACAAAUUUAAUAUUUCACCAUUUAAAUAUUCACUUCAUGCAGAAUCAGUAUUGAAAGUAGCAGCGGUAAGUUGUUGUAGGUGCUGGCUAUAAUCCUCAUUUAAUUAUAAUUAAUGAAAAGCAUAAAUUGAGUUUAAAUAAAGUAUGUAAAGUUUCUUUAACCCUU